CAUGGUAAGACUGAGACAUAGGAACUUGGUGGCCCUCCUCGGCUACUGCCGGAGAAAGGGAGAGCUUCUCUUGGUCUAUGAUUACAUGCCCAAUGGAAGUCUCGACAAGUUCUUAUACAGCAACCAAAAACCAAGCCUUAAUUGGGGACAACGCUAUCAAAUUCUCAGAAGGAUAGCUUCUAGCCUUCUAUAUCUACAUGAAGAAUGGGAACAAGUUUUUCUUCACAGAGAUGUGAAGACCAGCAAUGUAUUGCUAGAUGCUGAUUUAAACGGUCGGCUUGGACACUUUGGGCUUACUAGAUUAUACGAUCAUGGUACAAACCCUGAAACAACCCAUGUGGUUGGAACUGUUGGCUACCUUGCACCAGAGUUGACUAGAACUGGCAAGGCAACUACAAGCACAGACGUCUUCGCUUUUGGGGCGUUUAUGCUCGAAGUGGCUUGUGGAAGAAAACCUGUAGAGCCACAGCCUAAUAACAUGAUUUUGGCAAAGUGGGUUGUGGAGAGAUGGGUAGAAGGAGCUAUUCUUGAGGCAAUUGAUCCGAGAUUGGGAGGUGAAUUUGAGGUUGAAGAAAUGGAGCUAGUUUUGACGUUGGGUCUACUUUGCUCGCAUUCUAAUCCAACGGUUAGGCCAAACAUAAGGCAAGUGAUGCAGUAUUUGAAUGGCGAUGUGACCUCAUUGAAAAUAAUGGCGGAUGCUAUAGGACCUGAUAUGUUUUCAGUUGACAUGUUUUCAGUCAGGAGUAGAGAGUAUAAUGAAUAUUUAUCAUCAUUUGGUUCAUCAUCUGGGAAGGCUUCUAGUUAUUCCAUGUCUACUACCGACUCUAUCCUCCGCUCACGUUGUUGA